UACGAUUUAAAAAACUCUCGCCUGGCAACGGUGUAAAUAGACAGACCAUUGAUCAGUGUACUGUACUGUACUCAACCUAAUGUUCUAGUGGGUUGUGUUUUAUGUCGUGUCAUAAUUAUUAUUAAGUUUCUACUUCGUCUAAAGAAAAGACUGCAAACUAUUAGUGAUGCAUUUUAGGAUACAGAGCCUAUUGUUUUGGGCCGCCCUCGUUGGAAUUGCAGCGGCAGCGCAAAGCAAUAACCAACGAAGUAGCAGCGACUUCACGUUACCGGACGACUCGGCCAUCGAAGGCAGCGGCUACAAUGGCGAGGUAAACCACGACUUGGAAUCCAGCGGAUCCGGAUUUGGACCGGACGACGAGGACGACCAUGAACACACCCCCAUGAAAUCUGACAUAACGCCAGAUGUGAUAACAGAAAAUACGGUCCCGAGGAAACUGCCGCCGCCGAUAGAGGUCGACAGGAACGACAAGCCGCCGAGCACCACGACCGAUAGUAGUGUGAAGAUGACUGACGAUCGUCCGUUCUUCGGCAAACCAGACAUUCUAGCAGCUGUCAUAGGAGGAGCUGUGGUCGGUUUGUUGUGUGCAAUAUUAGUGGUGAUGUUCAUCGUCUACAGAAUGCGCAAAAAAGACGAGGGCUCGUACGCGCUGGGCGAGCCGAAGCAAUCGCCGAACUCAAAUUCGUACAGCAGAACUACAACAAAUAAAGAAUUCUAUGCCUGAAAAUAAUUUUUUAUCGAGGACGUGGUGAGGUAACAAGUUUGGAGGAUCUCUAAUUGCUCAUUAAAAGGAGUUCAAGAUAAAUUGCAGAUGUGAUCUUCCAUUUCAUAGUAAAGCUUAAAACGUUUACAUACUCAUAAAACGCACAUUAUGCUAUAAUUACGUAUUUUUUUAUACAUUUUAUUUAUUUUCGAAAGGAGAUUUUUUUUUGUUUCAGCUAUUGGAAGAUAAUUUUAGGAAAAACUGCCAUAUAAAAGAUUAUUUCUUUUUGUUUUCGAGGUUUUCAAAAUCCAGAUAUGUAUAUAAAUAUACAUACUAUACAAUAUAUCAUUUACUAUAAACAUAGUUGUAACAAAAAUAACUAAAAUAUUGUACGUCCAUUUUGACUUCCAGUACAUCUAAAAAAUUUUUGUAACUAGAUGUAUUGAAAGUUCACAUUUUACUUUAACCAAGACAUUUAUAACAAAAAGUGAUAAAAUUUUUGCUAUUUUGUAAAAGGUUUAGGCAGGACUUUGCAUAUGCUCGUUAGGCAGCUAUUUUAAUACAUUAAUAGUGUAUUUAAAGAUAUCAUAGACAAUAAUGUGCUUUUUAAUACUCAUUUUCUCCUAAACUAAAUAACAAUUACAAAUUUAUUCUACUCCGUUAUCCCCUAAAUGCAAUAUGGUAGAAUAAAAUAUUUUUUUUAAUUGGGAUGAGCAUAUUUUAAAACUUGUACAUACACCUUUUAAAAGAUUAUAUUUACAGUAGAUUUUUUAUAUCAUACAAACCAUAUAAAAUACUUUACAGCACUAUAACUGACGAGAAAAAUUUGUUCGCUAUAAUUCCGCUAUUUUCCGCACUUCACUUGAUUAGUUUAGGAAAAAAUUACUGGAAUUUUAUGUAUUAUGAAGUCGAAGGCUAUCACACAACGACAACCAUACGAGAUUUGCGUCAAAAAUUUAUGGAGAAUUCGCCAUCGGGCAGAUCUCGCGCGGUGUACGAAAAUUUCUGAAUUGUGCCAUAAAAGAUGAGCUUUAAUUUUAUUCCGAAGGCUGACAAAAAAACCCUAACGUUCCUCCGCAGACCCGACCCGUUGAUGGAAAUAUUAAACUCGAAUCUCGAAUGAUCACUGAUUGAUUCUCCAUUAUUGACCUAAUCACAAGAAGUAAAAGAAUGUGUUCAAAAAUGUUAUUGUUAUAUAAAAGUUUUACAGCUGGCUGCAAUGUCAAGUGCUGAUUUAAUUCGAAUUUAAUGUUAUUGAUAAGGUUUUACAUGCACAAUCGAAUGUAAAACGAUUAGGGCAAAGGUUGAAUUUUCGCGUUUUUACGGCCUGCUUUUGAACUAUUAUUGUUUGUUUGGAUUUUGUUGAAUUUUCAUUAUUUUUUUUCUCAUUCGAUUACAUUUGUUUUUUGACCGUUACAUUCAAUCAAAAAGACUACCUUUGCUCUAUGAAUGGUCUUGUGUGUUAUUAAAAAUUGAAAUAGUACUUAAACGAUUGUAAAGAAAUCAAUUUUUAGAAUUUUUAAAUAAGCCACUUUCAAUUAAAUUCAAUCGACUCGAUCUAGACCAGUAACAUUUUUAUAAGCGGAAAAAUCGGUGCCAUAUUUUAAUCGAUUGAUAUUGAAAAAUUCUAAACUUUGUACAAUAAUUCGCUCAGUUGUUUUGACAAUUCUUUACGAGCCUUCUGCUUGCACAGAAAGUUAUUUACGUUUUAUGAUGUCUAAUUUUAAUGGAUAUUCAGCUACCAGUAAUGAAAUUUUUCGAAAUUAACGGCAGCUUAAAUUAUUUUACAGAUGGAAUCUCACGCAGCUAACAGUGCCCGAAAAUUUUAUUAUUUAAAUAACAUAUCAUAUUUGAGUAUAUUUUACUACUUUCAUUAAUUGCCUAAAGGAAAAUUGGUAGCUAAUAUUGCAUAUUACGGUUAGCGAUAUAUUUUUAUGCUUUUUUUUUAAAUAAUAACGCAACAUAUUAAUUUUAAGUUAAAUUAUUCUAGUUUUUACGAGCUUUGUGAAUUCCUGCUAUGAGGACUCGAAUUUAAAUCAACUCCUGUCCUACACUAUGAUUUAAAUUUAGGUAAUCUUGUAGUUAGGUAUUUUUGUAAAUUGUGAACAAUCCAGCAUACUAUCCAAAUUGAAAUUAACUAGUAUUCGCUUAUUUAAACAUUCGACGCAUUGGUGAUUGCGAAACAUUUCUGUUAACUGCGGAACCAGUGAUGGAGUGCAAAAGGUCUUGUUAAAUCAUCAAGUCGUUCAAAUUGCUUUUACGCUAUUUACGAAACAUUAGUGUUUGCGCAAUUGCGAUGCUUAAACGGCUGGUUUAAUCGAACUACUUUGUUGCACGGAGCUUUACCGAAAAUGCGCUUUUUUUGUUAGAAAUCCAGACCACCCAAUGUGAUUAAUGAAUACAGUCAAUUAAACAUUCUAAUGGUAUUGCUGAUAUUAAUUAAUUUCAAUUUCUAAGCUACAGUGGUCGUAUUCAAGACCAACAUUUUGAUAAUAAUAAUAUUAAUAAUAACAAAGUUGCACAGUUAGCACAAUUUUUUAUACGGAAGGUUUUAAGUUAAUGGAAAUGAAUUGUAACGGAUUUUCAAUAAAAAUUUCCCGUUGUGGAGCUUCGAACAUUUCACUUAUGUUUAAAUCAAAUAUAUUUUUAUCGACUAUCCGUUAGUUUAUUGUGUCUACAGGGUUCUUGAAUUUAUGUUGAGAAAUAUUCCCUACAGUUUACGCAUUUUGUAAAUGGUAAGUUAAAGGAAUAUCUAUCAAACGAUGCAUUUAUUUUAUACGACUAUCGAAUUCGAACGGUUCCUUCGAACGCCUGCUUAAUUAAUUUAUUGUUAUGUUUAAAUUAAAAAAUGGUGUUAAAUGCAGCCUGGCCGCUAUUGUUGGUUAAAUGACGAUUAAAACUAAGAACAAUAUGUAAAGUCCGAUUAUAUGAUGUGCUAUAUGUCUAUGCUAGGUCUAGGGCCGAAUAGUGUUUAGUACCUAAUUCAAUAACAGCAUUGUGGCUAAUACUUGGGUUAGGUUGUAUAAUAAUUGUAAUUGAUAAGGAAAAAAAAAUCAUUUUUACGUCGGUACAUAACGCAGUUCUUCGUUGACUCGUUGCAGUGGAUGUAAAACUGCGCUGAAUUUUAUUCAAAACUGAACGUAGGAUGGUAAUAGAACUAGUACAAUCUGUGAGGCAAUUUCAUUUUGUUUUGAAUGAAAUGGUGCAGCAGCGAGGCGCUCUCGCAGUCAGUUCUGUGUUAUGUAUUACAUCUAAUAUAAUAUUUUUAAUUAAUCAACUUUUAUUUAUUUAACUCUUAUUAUUUUUACUGAUUAUAUCUAAUAAAACGAUAGAUUACUUAUUACAAUAACUUUUUUAUUGUACUGAUUAUAGCUAUUGGAGAUUAAAUUGUAUAGUAUUAGAAUAACGUUGUACAAUCCAGUUGUAAAUAUAUAAACUCUUAA